AUGACUGAGGUAUCCUCAACCCGCCUUUAUCUUGGGAAUCUUCCCCGCAAUGUGACCAAAAGCGACAUCGAGGAACAUUUCAGCAGCCAUGGCUCCGGUAAGAUUACGGAGAUCAAAUUGAUGAACGGUUUCGGCUUCAUCGAAUACGACGACCAGCUGGAUGCCAGAGAUAUUGUGCCCGCCUUCCGUAUGCCCCCCCAUGACUUUCCACCCAAUGACCCCUCGCUUAUCCAUACUACAGACGGCAGUGACUUCAAAGGCGAGCGACUCACCGUUCAGUUUGCGCGCGGGCCUCGUCGCAAGGAAGCCUUCCCGGGACCGCCUGACCGCAACGCGCUCCCUCGUCCACGUCGCACUAUGUUCCGCAUGCAGAUUUCCGGUCUUCCAGAAACAAGUUGGCAGGUUAGCAGCAAGUCCAUUCCUUCCCGGAGUUCCUGA